UCCGACAAUUUUCCCAGGAGGAGAUAGGAAAAUGGCGAGGGUACCUCAAAAACGACACUUUGCCACAAUGGGUAUUAGUCGGUGGGGAGUUGAGUUAGGAGGGGGCUUUUUGUUUUGGGUUAUAGAGGAGGUGAUUCCGCGUCGAAUGGUGUAUAAUAUGCCGGGGGUCACCGGACUUUCAAAAAAGUUAUUCCGGUUUAAAAAAAUUUGUCAAAAAUUUAAGGUUUUUCGACUUUUUUUGUUCGAAGUCGAAAUGGUACGGUUUCGGAGUUUGAUAAUUCUUGUAGAGCUCGACGAGACGCGUCGAAUGAGCUAACUCUCGUUUGAUAAAAAUUCCUUUGGGCCGAGUUAUGGUCCGGCAAAAAGUUCAAAUUUUCGCAUUUUAUUGCUUAAAAAAUUUUUUUAAUUUGGUGCAGUUACCCGUCCGGUCUGGGAGGUUAGGCAUCGGUGAAAAUUCGAACUUUUUAUUGGGUGGUCCGAUUUGCCUAAUUCCGAGGACUUACGGGUUAUCGGCUAUGGCGAAUUUUUUAAAAAUAUUUUUAAGGGGGUCACUUGAGUCUGGGGUUUCAAAUAGAGUCUGGGACCGAGGGAAUGAUUUUAAAGGGUGGGGGAUGCAAUAGGAUGAUGUUAGGGAGGGAAUAGAAGCAUUUUUCAACAAAAGUACACUUG